AUGGCCGACAAGCAAUCUGCUAUCCUUGAGGAAAUCAAAAAGAACAUUCAGUCCCUCCAUGAGCGCUUCGAUGCUCUUGAGAAGAAGGUCGCCCAAGGUGUCCCUAAGGAACAGCUCCGUAUGGUGAUCAUGGGUCCUCCUGGUGCUGGUAAGGGUACUCAAGCUCCUGCUAUCAAGGAAAAGUUCUGUGCUUGUCACUUGGCUACUGGUGAUAUGCUUCGUGCUGCUGUUGCCGCCAAGACUCCCCUCGGCUUGGAAGCCAAGAAGGUCAUGGAUGCUGGUGGUCUUGUUUCCGAUGAAAUUGUCGUUGGUAUGAUUGAAGAGAACCUUGACAACAACGCUGAAUGCAAGAAUGGUUUCAUUUUGGAUGGUUUCCCUCGCACUGUUGUUCAAGCCGAAAAGUUGGAUGACAUGUUGGAGAAGCGUAAGAAGCCUUUGAACUCGGCCGUUGAAUUGGUCAUUGACGACAACUUGUUGGUCUCGCGUAUCACUGGUCGUUUGAUUCACCCCGCUUCCGGCAGAACCUAUCACAAGGAGUUCAACCCUCCCAAGACUCCUAUGAAGGAUGAUGUCACUGGUGAACCUCUCAUUCAACGCUCCGAUGACAAUGCUGAGACCCUCAAGAAGCGUCUUGACUCUUUCCACAAGUCCACUGCCCCUGUUGUCGACUACUACAAGAAGAAGGGUAUCUGGUACGGCGUUGACGCUUCCCAAUCCCCCAAGGCUGUCUGGGCCUCUCUCAGUGCCAUCUUUGAUAAGACCCUGUAG